CUUUCUUCAAACAUACCAAACUUUCUCUCUUCUCUCUAUCUAGUUCUCUCUCUACAGAAUAAGCUCAAAAUGGCGAUAAAGAAGUCAAACAAAGCAGCGCUAUCUCAAGCAGCAUCCCUAAAGCAAAUCUUGAAGAGGUGCUCAAGUCUUGGAAAGAAGAAUCAAGGUAAUUGCUACUUCAAUGACGUGCCAAAAGGUCAUUUCCCCGUCUAUGUCGGUCAACACCGAAGUCGCUAUGUGGUCCCAAUCUCAUGGCUAGAUCAUCAUGAGUUCCAGACACUCCUACAACUAGCUGAGGAAGAGUUUGGGUUUGAGCACGAGAUGGGUAUCACUAUUCCUUGUGAUGAAGUCGUCUUUCGAUCUCUCAUCUCCAUGUUCAGAUAAAACUCUACAUCGAGAGACUAGAGGAGUCGAUAUGAUAAUUAUAGCUGAACUGGUCACUCCCUCGAGAUCAUUCCCCUUUGAGGUUAUAAAGGUUUGAUCACACAUUGUCACACUCUAGACUCGGAAGAUCGAAGCAUCGAAACUAGCUAUUACCAAGAAAGUCAAGAAACAAGAAAUAAGAAAUAAAUAUUACUUAGGGUUUUUUCUUUUCUCUUUGCUAAGAAGACGGAAGCAAAUGGCGGGGAUCGCGUUACGCAUCGACUCAAGAUUUGUGGCUGUAUUAAUAUAUCUAACAUUUUUUUUUUUAAUUAACCACUCUCUUGGGAUUUUCUUUUUUCCUUUUUAUAUAUCUUCGGUGUCUUGUUUCUAUUUAAUUAUUUCUAAAUAUUUUGUAUAAUAGCUUGGGUGGCGACUUUUCCCUCAAGUCAACGUGUAUUGUUGACCGUUGGUCCUUGAGAGGAAUAGCUAGUUUUUUUCUUUUUUGUAUUAAUUUUUGAAUCAAGUAUUUUCAUUCUGAUCAGUACAGCAGUACUAAGUUUAUUCCCAUCUAUUUGUUUUACAAUAUGUAAAUUUUCUAUUCAGUAUAUAUAUAUUCAGUAAA